GUAGAAGACUCUUGGAGACUACAGCUUGUGGAUUGUGGAAUAUAUAUCAGCAUUUUCAUAUAGAGGGGGUCAGACAUAAGCCGCCACCAUGAGUACAGACGCGGAGAUGGCCACGUAUGGCAAAGCUGCCAUUUACCUACGUAAGACAGAGAGGGAGAGAAUAGAGGCUCAAGCCGCACCAUUUGAUGCCAAGAGUGCCUGCUACGUGACCGAUGUCAAGGAGCUGUACUUGAAGGGAACAAUCAUCAAGAAAGAUGGUGACAAAGUCACAGUCAAAGUCCUGGACACUCAGGAGGAGAAGACAGUUAAAGAAGCUGACAUCAGUCCAAUGAAUCCUCCCAAGUAUGACAAGAUUGAGGACAUG